AAGCCAUCAUGAACCCAGUCAUGGUUAAUCUGGAACAACAAACAGCUUCAUCUUUCUCCGUCUCCAGAAAACCUUGAAAACCUUGACUUCUCCUCUAAUCCACAUCCAAGAUGUUGUUCGGAAAGUACCUCGCCCUGACAGGACUGGCUGUGAGCCAGGCUUCGGCCCAUGGUCUCAUCACCCGUAUCAAGGGUGCCAACGGUGUUGACAUGCCUGGGUUGACGAUCCAGGAUGGAAUGCCCCGCGAUUGCCCAUCUGCUGCAUGCGGUGCCCAGAAGGACACCGCUAUCAUCCGAGAUGCGGAGUUCGGGUCUGUCAAGGCUUCUGCUCUCGGUCGUACACUUGGCGGUGGUCCUGUGAACGCAGCUACGGUGAUUAAUAAGUUCAUGGGCGGAGGAGCGCAGAAGCGCACUUCUAUCACUGAUAGACGUCGUCAGGUGAUCAACGAUGCCGCAAGUGUCGUUACCAACGCCGGUGGUACUAUCCUCAAUGGUAUCCAGGACCUCGCGGACGCCACACCAUUUGGUGGAGCUAUUAAGAGUGCACAAUCCGCAGUUGAUGAUGCUAUGGCUAUCCUCCCGGGAACCGCGUCUGGUGCCGUGACCGGCAACGGUGUCAAGGAGAACGGUCUCCAGCUCUAUGCUGGAAAGGGCGCGAGCACCGGUCUUCCCACUGCUUCCGCAGAUGGUACCGUCACCGUGAUCUACCACCAGGUUAACCAAGACGGCGCCGGGCCCCUCACUGCUGAGAUCGACCCCUCCAGUGGAGGCACCGACCCUAAGGCCUUCAAGAGUGCUCGUGUCACCCAGAACAUCCCCGGUGUUGCCGGCUUCUCCACCUCUAGCACAAUGGACUAUGCCGUCAAGGUCCAGGUUCCCCAGGGAAUGAAGUGCACCGCGACCGUUGGAAAUGCCAAAAAUGUCUGCAUCCUCCGUCUUAGGAACACUGCCAUCAGUGGACCUUUCGGUGGAUCUGCUGCCUUUACCCAGUAGAAGGGUUGAAGUGUUUAGUACCUAAUAAGUGGUAUCUUGGAUUUUGCCUGAUCGUUGCGUUUUAAGCUGAGA